GAAGCACCUGGAGAGUCCACAAGAAGAGGACAACCCUGCUCACCUGGCAGAAGUUGUGUUUCGUGACCUCAUCUGUCGGGCCUCCUAUGGAAACAUCAGAUCUGUUAUAUUACCUGUACUAGUCCAUCUUGACAAUCACAACCUGUGGGUGCCAAAUGAUUUUGCUAUUCGUGUGUUCAAAAUCAUCAUGUUCUCUGUUCAGAAUCAAUAUGGGUAUUUGGUUGUUCAGCUGUUGUUAGCGCACUUGGACAAGCACACCAAGAGCGACCCUCGUAUCAAGACUUGCAUAGUCACAGUCCUCUAUGAAGCUGUACUGAUCUCUGCAGGAAGCUCCACAGGUCCAUCAGUGCUAGAAGUGUUUAACAAUUUGCUGCGACAUCUCAGAAUCUCCAUAGAUCGCAGGAGUGCAGAUCAGAGCCUGCGCAAUGAGGAGAUUAAGUUUGAAGAUGUUGUUGUAAAUACAAUUGGUGAAUUUGCCAAUAACCUUCCAGACUAUCAGAAGAUUGAGAUCAUGAUGUUUAUUAUGGGCAAAUUUCCUCAUUUUACUAGUGAUGAGGAGAUUGGAAAAAUGGACAGGCAGUUGUAUGUAAAUUUAUUGCGUACAUUACUUAAGGUGGCUACCAAAUAUAAAACAGUCAGUCUGACACAAGCUUUUCCGCCAGAGUUUCUCAACCCUCUGCUGCGAAUAUCCUUGAUAGACGACCCUGGCAUGCGACUCAUUGUUCAAGAAAUUCUGCACACCCUGCUGGAUCGUCACGGCAAUGCAUUCCGACUAAAGCACAUUAGCAUCCCUAAAGAUAUUUCUUCAUUACAUCUGACAAUAAAGGCUAACCCAAGGCAAGAGUUGCUGUUUAUGAAAAAGAGUGGAAUGCAGCUGUACUGGCACAUUUUAGAAAACUUGCAGUUAGAGUCAAAUCGUGUGGACAACUUUGAGGCUAUCUACUGCACCAUGUGUCUUAUCUGCCUGGAGGUUGGCCAGGAUGAGGUCAUCAUUGAACUAGCCAGGUUGGCCUUGGAUAUUCAACAACUGGCUUUGAAAAGUACCAGCCUGCCAAUGACCCACCUCUGUGCCAUACACAGCCUUGUUGCAGCAUUUCUCAACUUUGUGGGCCAGACUACUAGCCUUUGCACACUCUAUCACUAUGUUCAGAGGGUGGUGGAGAACAGAGAGUUAGAAGCCCCACACCUUUUACCUGACUUUGCCUUUAACCGAUCAAACCAACCCAACAGGUUU